UAUUCAAUCAUUGACUGUUGAAGAAGGAAAUAUAGAAAAUAAAUAUGUUUUCUCUCUAGCAAAAGGACAAGGCGGACAGAAUGCAAAUGAUAUAUAUGUAAUUAAUCCAAUUAGAAAAUCAUUUAGAGUUAGAUUAUUAAUACUUAAGCAAGAUAAUACUUGUCAAUUAACUCAAGAUAGAGAUAUUGGACAAAAUGCUAGCUUACCAUCAUCAGCAGUAUUUGAAAACUUGAGCAAUCUUGUUGAUAGUCGUGUAAAAAGAAAUUUUAACAUAGUAUAUGAAAAAAUACAAAAUAUUGAAGGUUCCAAAUGCGAUUAUGAAACAACUAUAUGUUUUAAUUGGCGUAUUGAAAAAAAUUAG